AUGGCGGCGGCGCCCCCCCUUCGGGAUCGGAUGGGGGGGCAAGGCCCGAAGUGCGUCCAGGCCCUCGGAGCCGAUGCGGAGUCCGAAGGGGUCAUUGGUGCUGGUUCGGGACUGGCUGCGAAGCGCGGCGAGCAGGAGGGCGGGCCCAAGCAGUACAACGCCGAGCAGCACGACUGCAUCGAGCAGCGGGGCGGCGUGCGCGGAGGGAUGGGCGUGCAGGGCUCGGCCGAUUUCUUCGACAUCGGGAGCGUGGGCGAUCCCUCCGAGGGCCUGCCUUUCGUCGAGGAGCCCGAGGUCGAGUCCCAGGAGGGCGCGAAGUCCGUGGAGGUCGACCUGGCCGCGCACGGUGGCCCCCGGAGUGCGACCGCUGCCAUGGGUGCGACGGCAGCGAUGGAGGCGGAGCAGGCCAAGCGCGGCUCGAGCGCGCUCGUGGUGGAGUCGACCGUGGGCGCAGUGCAGGCACAGGCGGCGGCCGAGGCGCUCGGCGCCGCCAUGCUGGCGAGAGAUGCCCUCCAGCGCGGCGACAUCGCCGAGGGCCUUCGGCUGCUGGAGGCGGCACGGGCGAAACACUCGGAGAGCGUGCCCAGGCGCCCUGGCGAGUGCUCGGAGUGA